AUGUUCAGUUUCCACAUCACGCCCGUUAGUGGAGGGCUGCUUCCCUGCAUUCCUGGCCCUCUCGCUCGGCUCAGACGAUCCCUACAUGGACUGUGCGGCCUGCGCUCCAUCCUGCUGCAGGUCCGGGACCUCGGGCUCGGCUACGACUCGGACGAGAGCGUCCUCUUCAAGUACUGCAGUGGGACGUGUCCCCGGGUUCGCUCCAACCACGACCUCACCCUCUCUAACCUGCUGGUCAGUGGGGUGCUGCCCCACCCGGCGCCCGGGGACCAGUGGCACAGCACGCCCUGCUGCCGGCCCACCCACCACGAGGACAUGGCCUUCCUGGACAACUCGCACCGCUGGCACAAGGUGGAGAAGCUGUCGGCCGCCGGCUGCAGCUGCGUGGGUUAG